AUGGCAUCCUUGCGCAUCGAUUCGCUACUCGUCCUCGUGGUCGCCGCCCUCGCGGCGCCGGCGAGCGCCCAGUCCGUCCUGUUCGACUUUGGCACGGACUCGACGUUCCGCGGCCUGAGCACGGUCAACCCGGACACGAAUGGCUCUCACUGGAACAACAUCCCGGUCGGCACCUUCGAAGUCGACCUGGUCGACAUCACGAACACGCCGACGACGAUUGACUUCGGCUUCAGCACGGCGGUAGCCACGGACAGCUUCAACGGCCCCGCCGGGGCGACCGGCGACGACCCGUUCGCCACGCUCGAGGACGAGGCGGACCUCGACACCGACAUCGACGACGCGGCGCUCGGACUGCUGGGAGGAUCGCUGCGGGCCGCGUUCGACUUCGUCGCCGGGCCCGGCGCCGGGAUCGGCAGCAACCAAGUCCGCUUCGAGAUCCAGCAACUCGACCCGGGCAGCAGCUACGACCUGACCUUCUUCGGCUCGCACAAGUUCAGCGCCGACUCGACCACGGUCUACUCCGUGUACACCGACGACACCUACACGACGCUGGUCGACUCCGUGUCGCUCGACGUGCAGGACCCUGACGCGGUGUUCAACCACAACCGCGACACGACCGCCACGCUGAGCGGCUUGUCGCCCCAGCUGAACGACAUCCUGUACGUCGAGUUCGUCGGUUCAACCGGCGAGAACGGCUACCUGAAUUCGCUGCUGCUGGUCGGGACCGCCUCGGAACUGGACGGCGACGCGAACGGCGACGGCGCCGUCGACCUCUUGGACCUCGACAUCCUCGGCUCGGAGUUCGGCCAAUCCGGCAUGGGCCUCCAGGCCGACUUCAACGGCGACGACACCGUCGACCUCUUGGACCUCGACAUCUUGGGCUCCAACUUCGGCGCUGCCGCUGGGGCGGCCUCCGUCCCGGAGCCGAACACCUGCCUCAUCGCCGCGGCAACGCUGGUCGGUGCGCUCGCCACCCGCCGGCGGAACGAGCAGGGAGGGUCGGCGGCUCGCUACGGCGGGUCGCCGGCGACCGCGGCCGACGUCGUGAAGACCAACCCGCUGCCGGUCUACAUGCACUACAUGCCUUGGUUCGAGACGCCCGACACACUGGGCGGGAACCAGUGGGGCUACCACUGGCGGUUCAACAACCAAGACCCCAACGUCGUCGACGCCACCGGCCGACGACAGAUCGCGGCUCACUACUACCCGAAGAUCGGGCCGUACGCCUCGCGGGACGCCGACGUCAUCGAGUACCACCUGCUCCUGAUGAAGUACGCCGGCGUCGACGGCGUGCUCAUCGACUGGUACGGGGUGCAAGGCACGAACGGCGACAUCAACCUGCUGCUCGACAGCAGCAACGCGAUCGUCGACCACGUCGACGACUUCGGCCUCGACUUCGGCGUCGUGCUCGAGGACCGCUUCUCGGCCAACAUCGGCCAGGCACAGGCGAACGUCGCCUACCUGCGCGACAACUACUUCAACCGCCCCGAGUACAUCCGGCUCGGGCCGGACCAAGACCCGCUGCUGCCGGUCUUCGGGCCGAUCACGUUCAACCAGCCGAGCGACUGGACGUCGAUCCUCACGCAGGCGGGCGAGCCGGUCGACCUGCUGCCACUCUGGUACCAGGGGAGCGACGCGGGGUCCAACGCCGGCGGCGAGUACGCCUGGAUCUUCGAAGACGAGCAGACCGACGACCACCUCACCCGGCAACUCGACUUCCUGCAGACCCGCGCCCAGCAGAUCCAGAACUCGGGCGCAGUCGCCGGCGGAGUCGCCUACCCGGGCUUCGACGACUUCUACGUCGAGGGAGGCGUCGGCGAGGUCGUCGCGUUCGACAUCCCCCACGAAGGCGGGGCGACGCUAGAAGCCGUGCUCGACCAAGUGGCCGCCAACUCGGGGAACCUCGACUUCCUGCAGCUCGCCACGUUCAACGACUUCGGCGAGGGCACGAUCUUCGAGCCGACGAUCGAAACCGGCUACGAGUACCUCGAGCAGGUGCAAGACUACACCGGAGUUCCCUACGGCGUUGAAGAGCUCGAGCUGGUUUAUCGGCUCUACGUCGCCCGCAAGCGGUACGAGGACAACGCCCUGGCGAACCAGCUGCUCGACGGCGUCGCUUCGGCCCUGGCGGACCUCGACGUGACGCAGGCGAUCAACUUGCUCGACUUCGUCGCCCCGCUGGGCGACUUCAACGGCGACGGCUUCGUCGACGCCGGCGACGAAGCCGUGUGGCGCCAGGAGUUCGGCUCUCAGACGGUCUUCCACGGCAGCGGGGCCGACGGGAACUUCGACGGCGUCGUCGACGCGAGCGACUACACCGUCUGGCGUGACAGCCUCUCGGCGUUCGACAGCACCGCGACGAGCGUGCCCGAAGUGGCCGGCGCUUCUUUAGCCGGAAUCGCGGCCGCCCUCGCCGCCCAACGCGCCGCGCGGAACCGCAACGGCGAGCCGGCGUCGGACGCGAUCGACGCGCCCGACGAGGCCUCGAUCCUCUUCGUCGGCAGCUCGAGCAUCCGCCGCUGGGAGCAACUGGCGCUCGACUUCGCCGACUACAAGAUCAUCCAGCGCGGGUUCGGCGGCGCGUUGUUCGACGACGUCAACACCUACACCAGUGACAUCGUCCUGCCGUACAACCCGCGAGCGAUCGUCGUCUGGGCCGGCACCAACGACCUGGGGAGCGGAUCGGACGGGCAAGAAGUCUUCGCCGACUACCAACAGUUCGUCGCGACCGUCCACGGCGCCCAGCCCGACGUCGACAUCUUCUACCUCGGCAUCAUGCCGACCCCGGGCCGGUUCGCGAACGGCCCAGAGGAGACGAUCGCCAACAACGCCAUCGCCGGCGUCGCUGCCGAAGACCCGAAGCUGCACUACAUCGACCUCCCCGCCGCGUUCAACGCGCUCAACCCGCCCGACGGGGAAGAGUUCCAGAACAAGUUCGUCGACAGCAUCCACCUGAAUCGCGACGGGUACGACCUCUGGACGAGCGUCAUCCGGCCCCAGGUCGAGGCCGUCGUCGCUCCGAACAAGACGUUCGUCCCCAACCCGAACACGCCCCAGCCUGGCGAGGCGAUCUUGUUCGACUUCGGGCCGAGCAAUGCCGAAGACGGCGACCCGACCACGAGCCCCGACGCACGCGGCAAUCACUGGAACAACUGGCAUCCCGCGACCGGCGGCGUCGCCGUCAACGCCGGCGAGCGCGUGACGAACCUCGUCGACACGACCGGCGCGGCGACCGGCGUGGACCUGACGAUCACGGGCGGCUUCCAGAGCAACGGCACGCUCAACGGCGGGCUGUUCGGCCCCGACGAGGCGUUGCUCGGCGACCUCGCGGUCGAGACCGCGACGCAGGACUACUUCUUCAGCACCGCCGACGGACUGCAGGGUGGCGGCAACGACGACGUGCCGGCCGGCUUCAUGCUCGACGGACUCGAUCCGGGCCUGACGUACGACCUCCGUUUCUUCGCGUCGCGGAGCACCACGGCGACCCGCGUGACCGAGUACGCCGUGACCGGCGCGAACACCGUGACGACGACGCUCCAGUCAUCGGGGCAGAACAUCGGCGCCGACGGCGCCUACGACGGCAACGACGACGAGGUCGCCCUGGUCGCCGGCAUCCAGCCCGACCCGUUCGGCCAGGUGUUCGUCGACAUCACGCUCGUGCAAGGCGCGUUCGCCUACGUCAACGCGUUGCAGUUAGUGGCGUCCGGCCCGCUGCUCAGCGGCGACGCGAACGGCGACGGCGUCGUCGACCUGUUGGACCUCGACAUCCUGGGCGCCAACUUCGGCGCCUCGCCCGCGACGCGUGCCCAGGGUGACUUCAACGGCGACGACGUCGUCGAUCUGUUGGACCUCGACAUCCUGGGCGCGAACUUCGGCGCCACCGCCGAGGCGGCCGCGGUCCCCGAGGUCUCGACCGGGGCGUCGGCUCUUGGCGCCCUGACGUGGGCCCUCGACCUCACCCGCCGGGACCUUCGUCUUGCUAUCGGGCUCAUCGGUGAUGACGAGCUUCGCCGGCGUCACCGGGAGGUCGCCAAGGGCGAGCACGCCAAUCGCGCCGCCCGAAGAGACCGCAUCGAGCUGACCCGACGUGAUGACCUCGCCCGGAGCGUCUUGGCCCCACACGACGAGGCGGCCACGAACCGUGCUUGGCGCGACCGGCAAGACGACGUGAAGCUCGCCCGUCAGUUCGUCGAGAAACAGCGAAAGCCGUUGCGCCGCGCCAUCGGGCGUCGCUCGCAGCGUCGCCGGUCGUGUGGCCGGCGAACCGAGCAGCCGCUCGGCGUCGGCGAGCUGCUGACGCCAACGCCGCACGUCAACUUCGCUGCCAGGGUCAUCGCGCAGUGUCGCCCGGAGUCCCAACGUGGCGCCGACGGCCACGGCCGCGAUCGCCGCCGCAACGUACGGGGCGGCGGCGAGCCACGAUCGCCGCGACGCCGGUUCAAACGCCGCCACAUCGACUCGGUUCCCCUCGGCGAGACGCUCCAUGAGGCCGCUCUUCAGGUCGGCGGGGGGGCGCUUGGGCGUCGACAGCUCGGCGAGCGACGCCGCCGCGUCGGCGAACGCGUCGCGCUCCGCGCGGCAGGUCGGGCAGCCUCCCGCGAGAUGCUUGUCGACAACGGCGCGAUCGCGCUCGUCGCACGCGUCGAGGGCGUAAGCAGGGAGCAGCUCAAUGAUCUCUUCGCACGUCGUCAUACGUCACGCACCUUGGCCAGCGUCUCGCGGAGCGCCAUCAGCCCCCGCCGGAUGCGGGUCUUCACGUCCGCCGAAGUAAGCGAGCAGCAGGGGCUCGCGGUGGUCCGAGUCGAGCCGGCCGAGCGCCUCCGUGACCAACGCGCGGCGCUCGCGUUCGAUCGCCUCGCCGUCCGGCGCGGUCGCUUGCUGCUUCUCAGCCCGAUCGCCCUCGGCCAGGUCACGGGCCGCAGCGGUCUUGUCGGCGUAGGUCAGGCUGGCGCGCACGUGGUCGAUCGCCCGGCAGCGCGCGAGCGUCAGGACGUAGGUUCGAAAGCCUCCGCGACGCGGGUCGAACCGAUUGGGCUUGCGCCACACCUCGUAGAAGACGUCGGAGACGAUCGCCUCGGCGUCUUGCUGUCGGCGAAGCACACGCAGCGCCAAGCCGUAAACAGCCGGCGCGUGGCGGUCGUACAACGCUCCAAGCGCCGAGCGAUCGCCGCGGCUCACGCCAGCCAUCAGGCGCGUGUCCUCGUCACGCGUGGAGGAACCUGGCGGGGCCUCGGCUCCGAUGGCGGUUGGCGUCGUCAUAGUCACGAGUCGCCCUGCCCGGGCCGCCCCUCAGAUGGUCGGAGACGCCCCCGCCGUGGGGUCGAGCGCCGGAAAGACGCCUUCGGUCAUCCACCGCCCGACCGGGCUGCCCGCCUCGGCGGGCUGCCUACGCAGCAAGAAGCGAAACGGGGUUGCAAACCCUUCGCGGUCGACGACCGUCACGAGUACGCUCGCGACGCCCUCCUUCUCGGCUGGCCGGCCGACCGCCCAACCCGCACAGCCGACCAUCACGUCAAACGGCGGCUGCCGAACCAACCGAGCGAAUCGCGGCAGCGGACCGGUCACCGCACGGUUCGUCGGAGAGGCGUGGGCAAACACCCGGGCGAUCGCCUUCGGGUCCGUUGCGAAGUCUUGCAACCCACGGAGUUGAGCGUCGAUGACGUCCAUCGGCGAGAGACCGUCUUCUCGCCCCUCCGCGAGUUCGAUCGCUUCGAUCGGUCCAACGCCUGCACCGCUCUCGCUCUCAUGCGUGCUGGCGAAGUAGCCGACCGCGAUGCCGGACAAGGUCAGCCCGGCGUAGAUCGACAAGGACCCCGCGUCAGCCCUCACGAGAAACCACGCAUGCGCCCUCUCUCCAUCACGCCCCUCUUGCUCGCCCUAGCGGCCGCCGCCCACGGCGCCGACCACCUCGACGCCCCGCUGGCGUCGGAAGACGGAACGCUCGACGUGAACGACCUCUACGCGUUCCAGUCGCCGACGAACCCCGACAACACCGUGCUGAUCAUGACCGUGAACCCCUUCGCCGGUGUGCUCAGCCCCACGAUGUUCAAUUCGCACGCGGAGUAUGAGUUUCUCAUCGACAACACGGGCGACGCCGAGCCCGACGUGACCUACACAGCGCAGUUCUUCGCGACCGGCGACCCGGGCGUGCAGCAAGCCAUUGUUUCACGCGACCACAGCAUCUACGCCAUUGGCUCAACCGAGACCGACGUCGCCACCAACGGCGGCGGGACCUUCCGAGCGGGCCUGUUCGACGACCCGUUUUUCUUCGACCUCGCCGGCUUCCAGGACGGGCUCAACUUCACGGGCGUUGACGCCUUCGCCGGAGCGAACGUGUCGGGCAUCGUCUUGGAAGUCCCCAGCUCCGAGCUCGGCGGCCCGAACGUCGGCAUCUGGGCGCGCACCGUGUUCGAGGGCCACCAGGUCGACCGCGUCGGCCGACCCGCCAUCAACACCGUCCUGAUCCCCUCGGAGCGGAAGGACGAGUUCAACCAAGGCGAGCCGGAUCACGACCCGGAGGACUUCGGCGAUGACGUACGUGCGGCGAUCACCGCGCUGAGCGGUGACGCGUCGUUCGCCGCCACCCUGACGGACGUCCUCUUACCCGACGUGCUGACGUUCGACACGACCAACAGCGCCGGCUUCCUCAACGGCCGACAACUCGCGGACGACGUGAUCGACGCGGAACUGGAACUGCUCACCAAUGGCGCGUUCACCGCGGGCGACGGCGUCGAUGCGAACGACGUUCCGUUCCUAGGCGCCUUCCCGUACCUGGCGCCGCCAAACGCGGUCAUUCCGGAGCCGACGGCCGUCGUCUUGCCCGGCGGAGCGAUCCGCCGGGCCUCUUGGCGUUGUCCGCUGGGGGCGAUCCGCCUUCGCGCCGGGUCGGGGAUGCGGGAGACUCAGGGGCUACUCGCAGGCCAACCCGCUAAGGCGACGCCUGCCCGCUGCCCUCUGCCGACUCCGAACAUGCCCAAGAACAAGCCCUCCAAGCACAUCGGCCCCGCCGCCCAGAAGCCGGCCGAGCCGAUGGACGUCGCGCCCGACUUCUCGCUCGACGCCCACCGCCAGACGCUCCCGCCCGAGGUCGAGGCCAACCGGCAGGCGAUCAUCAACUCGCCGACCUACCUGCUCGCCGAGCAGGACACGGCCUGGCUCAAAGAGUCGGAGAUGCGCCCGGUCCGGAUGCAGCUCGAGCUGCAGAAGACCGAGGUGCUGCUGGAGCGCGAGGGGAUCAAGUCGACGGUCGUCGUCUUCGGCGGCACGCAGAUCGUCCCGCAGGAAGAAGCCGAGGCGCGACUCGCCCAGGCGAAAGCCGAGCUCGACGCCAACCCCGGAGACGAGAAAGCGAAGCGGGGCAUCGUCCGAGCCGAGGCGCGCCUCAAGAAGUCCCGCUUCUACAACGAGUGCCGCGACUUCGCGAAGCUCGUCUCCGGCCGUUGCCAGAUCGACGGCAAGUGCGAGUACGUCGUCACCACCGGCGGCGGCCCCGGCGUCAUGGAGGCCGGCAACCGCGGCGCGUUCGAGAUCGGCGCCAAGUCGAUCGGCCUCAACAUCGAGUUGCCGCACGAGCAGGAGCCGAACCCAUACAUCACGCCGGAACUCUGCUUCCAGUUCCACUACUUCGCGAUGCGGAAGUUCCACUUCAUCCUGCGGGCCGCGGCGCUAGUGGUCUUCCCGGGAGGAUUCGGCACGCUCGACGAGCUGUUCAACUGCCUCUGCCUCCGCCAGACGGGCCGGAUGCAGGCGAUCCCGAUCAUCCUGUACGGCAAGGAGUACUGGGACUCCGUCAUCACGUUCCAAGCGCUGGCGGACGAGGGCGUCAUCGCCGACGAGCACCUCGACCUGAUCAGCUACGCCGAGUCGCCCGAAGAGGCGUGGAAGCUGAUCGCCGACUUCCACGGCGCGAUUGGCUUACUGCCAACGUUGAUGAUCGCGCUGGGCACCGGGGCGCUCGGGGCGACGCUCGCCCGGCAGCAGGGGCUGGCGACGCUCGCUCGGAUCAGCUCGGGGCUGUCGCAAGGCGAGCCGCCGACCGACGCCCUGGUCGACGGAGCGAUGAUCCUGCUCGCCGGCGCCGUGCUGAUCACGCCCGGCGUGCUGACCGACGCCUUCGGCUUCGCUUUGCUCGUCCCGCCGGUGCGGCAGGCCCUCAAGCCGCUGCUGCGGCUCGUCUUCCGGCGGAUGAUGCGUCGCGCGGGCGAGCGGGGCGCCACGGUCGUCUGGCAUUCGGGCCAACCGCCCGCGGAGCGGGGCGACGUCAUCGAUGUCGAGGUGACCGAGGUGCGGUCCCGGGACCCGGACGCGCCCUCCCCGAUGCCCGCCCGCCGCCGCGCCCGCGAAGUCGCCCUGCAGAUCCUCUUCGAGGACGACGUGAACACGCGCGCCUCGGUCGCGGAGAUGAAGGACUUCCUGCACGGCCGGCUGCGGAACCCGGAGAACGAGCGUUUCGCCGAGAGCCUGAUCCUAGGAGUCCGUCGCCACCGAGAAGAGAUCGACGAGCGGCUCGAGGCGAUCGCCGAGAACUGGAGCCUCAAGCGGAUGGCCGGCGCCGACCGCAACGUGCUCCGCCUCGCGGCGUACGAGAUCCUCCACGGCGAAACGCCGUUCGCGGUCGCUGUGAACGAGGCGAUCGAGCUGGCGAAGCGGUUCGGCAGCGCCCAGCGAGCGACCGCCGACCCCGCCCGAGCUAUCCGCUCCCUGACGGUCCCGCCUGCGAGUCGCGCGUCGGCCAACACCUUGGCGCUAGGCGUCCGUCGGGGUCCACUUGGGCCCAUGGCCUCGAUAGUUUCGCUGAUUGACCACGCCGUUCUCCAUCCGACCCAAACGGCGGACGACCUCCGCGCCGCGUGCGCGAUGUGCCGCGAAGUCGGCGUCGCAAGCGUCUGCGUGAAGCCGUCUUACGUCGAGCUCGCGGCCGAGCUGCUCGCCGGGUCGUCGGUCGUGCCCAGCACCGUGAUCGGCUUCCCGCACGGCGGCACGAGCACCACCGCCAAAGUCGAAGAGACCCUCGCCGCCUGCGACGACGGCGCGAAGGAGGUCGACAUGGUGAUCAACGUCGCCCGGGCGCUCGCCGGCGAUUGGGACGCGGUCGCCUACGACGUCAAGGCGGUCGUCGACGCGGCCAAGACGCAGGACGUCAUCACGAAGGUGAUCUUCGAGACCGGCCUGCUCACCGACGACGACCAGAAGCGGAAACUCUGCGAGCUGAGCGAGGCGGCCGGCGCCGCGUUCGUGAAGACGUCCACCGGGUUCGGCUUCGUCAAAGGCGACGAUGACGCCCUGAAGUCGACCGGCGCCACCGAGCACGACAUCCGCCUGAUGCGCGAAGCGUGCACCCCGGCCGUCGAGGUCAAAGCCUCCGGCGGCAUCCGCUCCUACGCGGACGCCGUGAAGAUGGUCGAAGCGGGCGCGACCCGCCUCGGCACCAGCGGCACCCAAGCCAUCGCCGCCGGCGAGCAAGUCUCAUCCAACAUGCUGCACCUCUACGACCAGAUCGAAGAAGCGACCGCCAAGAUCCGCAGCGUCUGGGACAAGACGCCACACGCCGGCGUGAUCCUUGGCACCGGGCUGGGCAAUUUUGCGGAGAACAUCGCCGUCGAAGCGACGCUCGACUACGGCGACAUCCCGCACUUCCCGGUCUCGACCGCCACGAGCCACCGCGGCCGCCUCGUCUUCGGAACGCUCCGCGACCUGCCGGUCAUGGUCAUGGAGGGCCGGUUCCACGCCUACGAGGGCUAUCCGCUCGGCAAGAUCACGCUGCCGGUCCGCGUGAUGAAGGCGCUGGGCGCCGAGUUGAUGAUCGUCUCGCAGGCGGUAGGCGGCAUGAACCCGCAGUACAACCCCGGCGACGUGAUGCUGAUCGACGAUCACAUCAACCUGCUGGGCGACAACCCGCUGGUUGGCGUGAACGACGACCGCCUCGGCCCGCGGUUCCCCGACAUGUCGCAGCCGUACUGCUUCGAGCUGCUCGAAGCGGGCCAGGCGAUCGCCCGCCGGAACGACUUCAUCGUCCACCGCGGCGUCUCCGUCGCCGUGCUCGGGCCGUGCCUCGAGACGCGGGCCGAGUACCGGUUCCUCCGCGGCAUCGGCGCCGACGUUGUCGGCAUGUCGACCGUUCCGGAGGUGAUCGUCGCCGUGCACUGCGGCCUGCGGGUGUUCGGCAUGGCGGUCGUCACCGACAUGUGCCUGCCCGACGCCCUGGAGGUCGCCGAGGUGGAAGAGAUCAUCCGCGUCGCCAACUCCGCCGAGCCGAAGCUGCGGGCGAUGGUCGAGGGCAUCCUCGACCACGAGAUCGACGAAGCCGUCUCGGCAAUCCGUGGGGCGAUCGGCGGCCGGUCUCCGCGUGUCGGAGUGAUCCUCGGCUCGGGCCUCGGCGGUCUGGCCGAACGGAUCGACGACGCGGUUGCCCUGCCCUAUGCGGAGCUGCCGCACUUCCCGCGAUCAACCGCCGAAGGGCACGCCGGGCGGCUGCUCGUCGGCGAGCUACGCGGGACCGGCCGGACCAUCGUCGCGAUGCAGGGGCGAUUCCACCUCUACGAAGGCUGGAACGCGCAGCAAGCGGCUUUCCCCGUCUGGGUCCUCAAGCGGCUCGGGAUCGAGACGUUGGUCGUUUCCAACGCCGCGGGCGGCCUGAAUCCACGAUACGCCGUCGGCGACGUGAUGCUGAUCGACGACCACAUCAACUUGAUGUUCAAGAACCCACUUGUCGGCGUGAACGACGACGAUCUCGGCCCGAGGUUCCCCGACAUGUCGGCGCCGUACGACGCGCGGUUGCUCGACCUGGCCGAAGAGACGGCCCGCGCCGCCGGUUUCCUAUGCCCGCGGGGCGUCUACGUUGGCAUGCUGGGCCCGACUUACGAGACCCGCGCGGAGUACCGCAUGGCCAGCACGCUCGGCGGCGACGCCGCAGGCAUGUCGACGGUCCCCGAAGUGAUCGCCGCCCGCCACGCCGGGAUCCGGGUGCUCGGCCUCUCCACGAUCACCAACGCCUGCUCCCCCGACCAACUCGGCGAGACGACGCACGACGAGGUCGUCGCCGCCGCGGCCUCGGCCGGCGAGAAGCUCCGCGUCAUCGUCGAAGCCGUGAAGCGUGACGGGGCGGAGCUGUCGGCCCCGCAGAUCGGCGAGUUGAUCGCCGCCUACGCCGCGGGCGAAGUGCCCGACUACCAGAUGGCCGCCUGGGCGAUGGCGGUUUUCUUGCGGGGCAUGACGACGGCCGAGAUCGCCGCGCUGACCGACUCGAUGCUCCAAUCGGGCGACGUCUUCGCCGGUUCGCCCGAAGGCGGGCCGCCGAACGUCGACAAGCACUCCUCGGGCGGAGUCGGCGACAAGGUGUCGAUCCCGCUCGCCCCGGCGCUUGCCUGCUGCGGCGUCCGCGUGCCGAUGAUCUCCGGCCGCGGCCUCGGCGCCACGGGCGGCACGCUCGACAAGCUCGAGGCGAUCCCCGGCUUCCGGGUCGACUACGACCUCGACGAGGCGCAACGCCUCGCCGACCAAGUCGGCUGCGUCAUCUGCAGCGCGUCGCCGCGGCUCGUGCCGGCCGACCGCAAGCUCUACGCCCUGCGCGACGUGACCGGCACGGUGCCGAGCAUCCCGCUGAUCACCGCGAGCAUCAUGAGCAAGAAGCUCGCCGAGGGGCUCGACGCGCUGGUGCUCGACGUGAAGUGUGGCAGCGGCGCCUUCAUGAAGACGCCAGACGACGCCCGGGCGCUCGCCAGGUCGCUCGUUGACACCGGCAAACGGAUGGGCGUCGCGACCGCCGCCUUGGUCACCGACAUGAACCAGCCGCUGGGGCGUCUCGCCGGCAACGGCGUGGAGAUCGACGAGUCGGUCUCAUGCGUCGAAGGGGGCGGUCCCGACGACCUGCGGACGCUUGUCGUCGAGCAAGGCGCCGAGGCGCUGACCCUGGCCGGGGUAGCGCCGAACAUCGAGGAGGGGCGCCAGCGGAUCGCCGCGUCGCUCGACGACGGGUCGGCGCGCGAGAAGCUCGCCGAGAUGGUCCGCUCCCAGGAGGGCGACCUCGACGCCCCGCGCCCCCGCGCCGCGGAGACCACGGUCACCGCCGACCGGGCGGGCUUCGUCUCCGCGAUCGACACCGAGGCGCUCGGCUACGCCGUCAUCGAGUUGGGCGGCGGACGCAAGCAGCAAGGCGACCCGAUCGACCCGUCGGUCGGCCUCGAGAUGCUCGUGCGUCUCGGCGACCAAGUCGAAGCGGGCCAGCCCCUGGUGCGGCUGUUCGCCGGCGACCGGGGCCGAGACACGGCGAUCGGGCUGUCGUCCGGCGCCAUCACGAUGGGCGACGAGCCGCCCGCCGAGGCGCCGCUCGUCCUAGAUCGCGUCGACUGA